CGACGUAUCUGAAGACUUGUAUCAAAUCUCUCUCAACCCGAAAUAUUCAAAUUACCGAUAAAUAUAAAAAAACCCACGUCCUUCAAUCAAAAAUUUAUAUUGAGCCCAUAUAAUCCUAAGCAAAUAUAUAUAUAUAUACAUAUAUAUUGGUAAUAUAAUUAAAUCCGCUGGACGAUCUUUUUCUUCAGUGAGCACCGAUACUAUUAAUCCUAUCCAAUCCCCUUGUAAAUACAACCAGACGAUCUCGACUUCGGGGUCUCGUUCGGCAUCGACCGCAAACGAGUCUCGCACCUCGACUGGCACGCAUCGAAGUCUCCGUCAAGUUCGCGAGAGUUUCCCAUUUGGUCACUAACUUUCUUCAUUCAUAAUUAACGUUUUUUAUUUUUUAAAAUCAAAAUGAAAUUUUUAUUGGCAAUUAUUGGAGUCGUAAUAGCCGUCAGUCUCGUUAAGAGUAGUCCGAUUAUUAAAAGAGAAACUGAUGACUUAAGUCCUUUAAAUGAGGUUUAUGUGUUUCAGAACGAAAAUGAUCAAUCAUUAGACGAAGAGCCGCAUGGCGACAGAGAAAAGAGAAAAAUUGGCGUAAUAAAAUUAGGAGUUUCAAACGGUAUCAUUAAUUUUGUAUUUGGUAAAUUAGAUUCGUUCCUAGAUGCCAAGACAAAAGCACUGGGAGUUCUCGAUGAAUCAAAUAAAGCUAAGAAUGCAAUUUACGGUAUUGACCCGAAGCAAUCAGCUACCAAAGAAUUUAUAAGUGAUAUUAUUGGUAAAAAAAUCCAAGCAGGUACUGCCGGAAUAGGGCCGCUAAUAAACAGUGCGACGACAUUUAUUUCAACUAAAUCCCAAGGACUUGUCGGUGCACUGACAUCUAAAUUAGCGCCUCUCAGUUCACUAUCCGGUGGAUUAUCAGGAGGUUCUGGAGACUCAGGAAGCCCCGGAGGUGGAUCUGGAGGUGGAUUGGGAGGAAUUUUGAGUUUGGUAACGAGUUUAAGUGGCAGCAGUAGCAGCGGUCUCGGAGGACUGGGAGGUCUGAGUGGCGGAAGUCCACAUGACGACAAGGAAAGUUCCGACGGUGGUAGUUCAAGUGGAGGAACGGGAAUAACAAUCGGCGAUUUUCCCAGUAUUGGUGGCGGAUUGUUUUGUAUUGCCAUCGCAGUGUCAGGGACUACUGACGAUACCCCGAUAUUUGAUAGGAACAAAGUAUCAUUGGAAGUACCCUCGAAAGCUUUUGGAACAGGAUUCACCCUAGUGACGAACAUCAGUAAACUACUGGGAAAGUUAAUCCUCAACUCGGCGCAUCGUACGGAAAACGUACUCGAGGUGUUCAAGCCAUUUUUCCGCGGCGCUUUUGCAAUCAAAGGACUGCCGUCAGACAACGAAAUUAAAAAAAAAAAGAGACAAUCUACUGAAAAAAAUCAAGUUAAAUAAUGCUCAAUAAAUAAUACCAAUAAAUUUACAGUGGACUAAAAAUGCAAGGAUCUAUUAUCAAUGUUAAAAAAUUUAUGAUCCUGAAGUUAGCUGACGAAAAAAAAAUAUUACAAAAAAUUACACCUCUAGCUUUUUGAAUUUUCUACAUGUGCAUAUUUUAAAUUAUUUCUUUUGUAAUUGAUUUGACAAAAAAAUUUGAAAACUGCUAAUUGUCUGUUAACUUCAGAAUCAUAAAAAAUUUCAUAACGUAAUUGAUAAUUAAUAUACAGCUUCAGCAAUUUUAUUCCACUGAUACAUGAUCAUUGAUUGUGUAUCGGAUCUCCGAUUCAUCAGGUUAUAGCUCAAUAAUAUUUGUACAUUUGUUUAAAUAAAUAGU